AUGACGUCAGCUAUUGCGAAAGACUCAAUUGUUCUAGUCACAGGAUGUAAUGGCUUCAUUGGAUCUCACGUUGUUGACCAAUCACUCCAAGCGGGCUACCGAGUCCGAGGAACAACUCGAGAUCUGAAGAAACUGGAAAGAUUAACGAAGUUAUGGGAGGAAAAGCAUGGAGCAGGAAGAUUUGAAGCAGUUGUGGUGCCAAAUAUGGCUGAAGAUGGCGCUUUUGAUGACGCCGUUAAAGGAGUUUCUGCAAUAGCGCACGUCGCCUCGAAUCUAACCUUCAAAGCCGAUCCUAACGCCGUCAUUCCUGAAGUCAUCGCCGGAAUCAAAAGUAUUCUCAAAUCAGCCGCCUCCUCAGCAACAGUGAAACGCUUCGUUUUCACUUCCUCUUCCACGGCAGCCGCUUCACCCAUCCCAAACAAAGUCUUCCACAUCGACUCCAAAACCUGGAACGAUGCCGUUGUCGACGAAGCCUGGGCACCUCCGCCCUACGAACCAAUGCGCGCCUAUGCAGUCUACUCAGCGAGCAAAGUAGAAGCCGAGAGAGCGCUUUGGAAGUUCGUGGAGGAGAAUAAACCGGGUUUUGUGGUCAAUGCUGUGUUGCCGGAUACAGUGUUUGGCAAAAUUUUGGAUAGGAAUUUACAUGUUUCGACUGCUGGGUUCGUUAAUGCUCUUUACAAGGGAGAACAGCAGCAUCUUCCUCCUCAAUGGUUUGUCGAUGUCCAGGACGUAGCGCUUUUGCAUUUGGCUUGUAUGACUGAUCCUUUGAUCAAAAACGAGAGAAUUAUUGCAUUUGCGGAGCCGUGGAAUUGGAAUGACAUCCUGCGAAUUAUGCGGAAACUCAGGCCGAAUGAGAAAAUUAUCGAUGACUAUGCUGAUGAUAAUGCUAGAGAUUUGUCGACAGUCGACAAUGCUCGUGGAAACGAGAUACUGAAAGGUUUCGGGAAGUCGGGAUUUACAUCCCUUGAAGAGUCUGUCAAGGGGAAUAUCGAUGGGCUGUGA